CAAAUGGGUACACAUCUUGAAUUGGAAUCUGGAAUGUCAAAAAUUUGCAGACGACAAACAAGAUGGUCAGCAGCGCAUGUGGACUAACCGGGAGCUCGGAAAAAGAUGGAAAAAAGAGAGAUUUUCUUUGUACUUUUGGAGGCUGUGAUAAUGCCUACACGAGGAAGAUCCAUCUUCAGAGACACUUAGCCAGUCAUUCUGACAAGAGGGAUUUUGUUUGCUUGGAAGACGACUGUGGUAAAUCAUUCACCAACAACGACAUCCUGAAGAAGCACAUCCGUAGGAUACACCGGGAGAGAAUAUUCAAAUGCAACUAUGAAGGCUGCGACAAAACAUUCAAGAAGCAUCAGCACUUAACUGUGCACGGUUACAUUCACACAAACGUCAAACCCUUCAAAUGUCAAUAUGAGGGGUGUGAGGCGAGAUUCAAAGUUCCAAGCAAAUUGAAAAGUCACGCCAAAAUACACAAAGGUUACACGUGUGAUAAAGAAGGUUGCGGUCGUCACUUUGAUAAAUGGACAGGCCUACGCAAGCAUCUCUCUGAAGAUCACAUCACAGAAUACAAAUGUGAAAAGUGUGGAAAGACCUACCACAAGAGACAUAAGUUAAAGGUGCACGUCAAGUCCCAUGAAAAGUUGAGGGAAGUUUUCAUGUGUCCCCGGGAAGAUUGCGACCGAUCGUACCUCAAGGCAUCGUACCUAGAGCUCCAUGUCAAGAACUAUCAUGAUGGGGGUCGACCCUAUGCCUGCGAUCAUGCUGGCUGCAGUAAGACCUUCAUCCAUAAAGGUUCCCUGUCUAAACACCAGGUGGUGCAUAAGCCGGACUACGUCAAACCACCACCAAAGCCUCGGAAGAAGAGAGGUCUAGCGUCUCAUCUCUCCUGCUACCCAGACGAGGCCACCAGGCCACGGCCCCACAAAAGUAGCCUGGAAACGCUCUCAGGUGACGAAGAAGUGGCGCAAGGCAACACGUCACUCAAGAUGGUACAAGAGGCGGUCACAUUAGGGGAGAAGAGCGAAGAUGCGGUUGCCAUGGAAAUAUCAGUCAGUGACUCUGGAGGAAACGUGGAGGAAGAUACUUGAACAAAAUUAGAUCCAGAUAUCUGUAUUCAAAAUUUAUUGAAAAGUUUGUAAAAUCCUCUCCAUUUCAGGGCUGGUAUUGCUGCUUACAGGCAAAAGUUUUAAAUACUUAUAUUUUUGCAGUUCAGCUGUUCUUUCAUAUUAUAUUUGUUUAACCCAGAUUUAAAAAGGUUAUUGUUAAAGGAACACUGCGUCCUGGGAUACGUCCAAUUGGGCUACAAAAUGCGUUUUGAACGAAAUGUUUAUCGAAAGGAACAUUUAAAGUAGGAUAUAAACAUCCACACAACUAUCCUGUAGAUAUGAUUUCAUGACGCAGUGCCCCUUUCACUUAUAUCUUAUUGAGCGUCCCCCCUUUCAUAGUUUUAAAUUCUUCUGGUAGGUUUUCCCUCAGAAUCUACUUUUGAUGUCAGAUGUGAUAGACCAAAAGACCAGUACAAAAUAAAGACGCCAGGAGAAAGGUUA